AUGUCUGGCCCUAACGCUGAUCGCAAAGCUGCUGCAGCACUCUCCUCCUUCCAAAGCAAUGGAGUUAGCUCACUCGGUCCCCAAGGCUGGUUGACUGUAGACCAGGAUGCCCUGGGAAAAGCCAUGAGCCGACUAGACAUCUCAGACAUCACAGGUCAUGGCACAGAACAGCGCCGGGGAUCUUUCAAGAUUAAUCCCGCAGAUGUCACAUUUCUGAUCGAUAACCUGGAUCUGAACGAGACCCUGGCAAUAGAUCUGUUGAAGGCUUAUGAUGGGGAUCUUGCAACUGCCUUGAGAGCCUUUAUGGAUCCGCGUUCUAAUCUAAAUGAUAGAUUUGCAUUUAAUGUGUAA